AUGAGAAAAUACAAGAAAACUGUUUAAGUAGAGGAAAAUGAAAUACAAUAGAUUGUUCAUUAACAUAAAUAAUCAAUUUCUAAUAAAAUCUAUUAAAUAUUAUCACAAUGCACAACUGAAGGUUAAAAUAUAACUCCAAAUUAAUUUGCAAGAAAAUGGUUAUCAUAAAAUGCAACAAUACGGACCGAUAAAAUUCUUGCUGGAACUUAUUCUUAGCAAUAUAAUAAUGGUUUAGAAAUAAGAAACUCCAAUAUCAAUUACCAUAUUGUUACUGCUAAUUUAUUUACAGACAAUCGUUGGAAUUAUAAGAUUAUGAGUAAAAUUCUUAAAUUUAUAAUUUAGCAAAAUUUGCAUAAAAUGUAUUAUAAAAAGAUAUUGAUACUAUUCUCAUAUUGGCUUACAUGUAAACAAUAAUAUAAGGAUAUUUUUCUUAAGCAGAUUAAUCUAUGAUAACUAAAAUAAUACAUCUUGAUCAUCUUGGUCCUCUUCAAGCUUUCUUCUAUACAAAAACAGAUAAAAAUAUAUCUCUUUUUUGGGAAGUUGGAAUUGAUAAAAUUCCAAAGUUGGCUCAACAUGGUAAGGAAUAUUUGAAAGAAUUAUAAGGUUAUGAUUAUUUGCAUACAAUUACAUUUAUUGAUAUUAGAUAUGAUGCUAAUAUUGAUUAUAAUGCAAGCAAAAUUAUUACAUCUUAUUAUUAAGAUGUUUAAAAUGCCAUUCAUAGAUAAGAUUAUUAGUAAGUAAUUACAUCUUCCAACAAUCAUUAGAUUAAAAAAAAUAAACAUUCAGAUUUUUUAUUUUAAAUAGAAGCUAAUGAUUUAGGAAGUAUGCAUGGAGAAUUGUUAUAUAGAGAAAAACUGAAUUAAAUUAUUAGAUGGUUACCAAAUUCUUUUCCAACUGUUUAUUUAACUAAAUAAGAAUAGAAAUCUUUUAUUUAUGAUGAUUCAAUAUAAAGAUGGGUUAGUAAAGACUAUGAAGCUAUUUAAUAAGCUAAAAGAAUGAGAGAAUAUUAAGCUAAGAUUAAUAAAGAUUUAUUAAAAAGAUAUGCUGAUUUUUCAUCAGCAGCAAAACUUGUUGAGUUAUUACAAAGAGUUCCGAAUUUUAAAAUAAAAUUAACUGAAGAAGAAAAAGAAGUUGUUGGAUCAGAUGGAAAUGUAAUGGUUAUAGGUAGAAGUGGAACAGGAAAGACUACUUGUUCAAUUUUAAGAUUAUUUGCUAUGGAAACAUUAUUUAAAUUAAGAUUAGAAUUAUAUAAAUAAAAACAUGAGAAUGUACUUUAAAAUUAUAAAUAUGAUGAUUAAGAAGUAAAUAAUAAUGUUGGUUUACAUUGUGUUUUUGCUACUGCUAGUCCUGUAUUAACAACAGAAGUAAAAAGAUAUUAUGGAAAAUUGACAGCAUAAAUAAAAGCAGAAUUAGAGAAGAAGAAAUAAAAAGAUAGAGUAAAACGAUUAUAAUAGGAAUAAGAAGCAUAAAAAUAACAAAUUGAGAAUUAAUUUAAUUAAAGUACUGUUUAAAUUGUAGAUGCUAAAUAAGUUGAAGAAAAGUAUUUUGAAUAAUAAAUUGGAGAAAUUUAAUUAUAAAAAGAAUAAGGAGGAUUUUAAGAAGAAUUAAAUGAAGAAGAUUGGGAAUAAGAAGAAGAGAAAUUAAAAUAAGAAUUAAAUGCUUUUCAUUCUUUUGCAGAUAUGAAAGAUUCAGAUUUUCCAGCUUUUCUGACAAUUAAAAAAUUAGUAUUAUUAGUUGAUGGUUCAUUAGCAAAACCAUUCUUUUCUCGUACUUAAGAUAAUAAAAUUUUAAGUUCUGAUACACAUGCUUAAUGGAGUACUGAAAAUACUGGAGUUAUUUUUAUAAAUUCAUAUAGAAGAGAUGAAGAUUAAGAUAUUGAAUAUGAUGAUGAAGAAUAUGAAGCUUUAUUUGAUGAAAAUGAAUUGAAUGUUGAUGAUAUGGAUGAAUAAUAAUUAGAAGAAGAAUAUUAAAGACAACUUUAUUUAAUGAAUAAACCUUAAUUAUAAUCUAAAGUUGAGAAUAAUAAAACUAAAUUAUCAUAAGAAGUAGAUUUUGAUUUUUUCUUGAAUAAUUUUUGGUAUAGCAAAUAUAACAAAUACUAAAAUACAAAUUUGAAUCCAUCAUUUGUUUGGACAUAAAUUUAUUCUCAUAUAAAAGGAGCAGCAGUAUGUCAUACUUAUCCUGGACAUUAUAUGCCUAAAAGAGUAUAUUUAAGAUUAAAUAAAAAUGAUGAUCUUUUUGAUGACAUUUUUGAGUGUUAUAUUCUAUAUGAAAGAUGGAAGAUUUAAUAAGGAUAUUAUGAUUUUAUGGAUGUUGUUAAUCACAUUCUUAUUUAAUUGGUAUAUGGAAGAUGUAAUCUAAUUCCUAUUCAUUAUUUAAUGAUUGAUGAAUGUUAAGAUUUACCUCAUGCUGUUUUACUUUUAUUAUGUAAAAUAACAGAAUAAGGUUUAUUUUUCAGUGGUGAUACAGCAUAAAAUAUUGCUAAAGGAGUUGGAUUCAGAUUCUAAGAUCUAAAAUCUCUUUUUAAAAAACCAGAAAUUUCUUAUAAUGCAAAAUAAAAUGAUUUGAAAAUACAUCAAUUAACAAUCAAUUUUAGAUCACAUAAUAAUAUUCUAUAAUUAGCCAACUCUUUAGUUUCUCUAUUAGAGAUCUUCUUUCCAAAUACUAUUGAUAAAUUAAAAAAGGAAAGGUCAAAUAUUUCUGGUCCUAAACCAAUCUUAGUUAAUGGAGAUAAAGAAGCAUUAUUUUAUUUAUUGUCAGGAGAAACAACAAAUUAAAAAUAGUAAGUAGGAGAAAGAUUACCUAUUGAAUUUGGUUGUAAUUAAGUUGUUUUAGUUAAGGAUUAAGAAUCAAAGAAAAAUAUUCCUUCUAUUUUAUAACAUGCUUUAGUUCUUACUAUUUAUGAAGCAAAAGGUUUAGAAUUUGAUGAUGUUAUUUUAUUUAAUUUCUUUUAAGAUCAUUAAAUAGGAGAUACUUAGUGGAAAUUACUAUAAACUUGUGAAAUUUUAGAUGAAGAAAUUUCUAAGGAGAAAUUUAAAGAUAGUUGUACAUAACAUUAAAAUUUAGAUGAUGAAGCAACUAUAUUUUCAGGUUUUGAAGAAAAAAAUGGUAAUAUAAUUGUUAAAAGAAUCUUUACUUAAAAUAAAUUUUAUGAUGAAUUAACAUAUAAUUAUAGUGCUUUAUGUAAUGAAAUCAAAUAAUUAUAUGUUGCUGUAACAAGACCUAGAUAAAGAUUAAUUAUAUAUGAUGAAAAUCCAUAAGCUAGAUAAUAUGUAUAAAAUAUUUGGUAAAAAUUAAAUUUGAUAGAUCAUUUUACUGGAACAAAUAUUCAAGAUAGAAAUUUAGAAAGCUUUGCUAAAUAAACUUCGAAAGAAGAAUGGAAAAAAUAAGGUUUAAAAAUGUUUAGGAAUAAAUAUUAUGAAUAAGCUGAAAAAUGUUUUGAACAAUCUCAAGAUUAAUUACUAUAUAUUAAAGCUCAAGCAUUCAAAUUUGCAACUGAAGGAAAUGCACUUAUUUAAUAAUAUUCUUAAUUAUCAUCUAGUACAAUGAAAAAGAAAGAAAAGAAAUUACAAUUAUCAUUAGUAAAAUAAUAGUAGAAAGAGAAAUUUACAAAAUCUUCUUAAUUAUUUAUACAAUUACAAAAUUAUAAAUAAGCUGCUUAAUGUUAUUAUUCAGGUGAAAUGUAUUAAGAAGCAUUAUAAAUAUAUGCCGAUUAAUAAAUGUUUAAUGAAGCUGGAGAAGCAGCUUAUAAAUGUGAAAAAUAUUAUGAAUCAGCUGAAUAUUUCUUAAAAUCUUAAGAUUUUAUUAGAGCUGUAGAUGCAUUUGAAAAAGCAGAAGCAUAUGAAGAAAUAUUUAAAGUACUUCAUUAAAUGAGAGAUUAAAUCCCAGUUGAAACGAGAUCUGCUUUCUUAAAAAAAUAUUUACCUAUUAUUUUAAAUAAAAUGACUAAUUAAAUUGGAUAAAUUGAAUAAGAUCAAGAAUAGUAAGUCAAAACUUAAGAAAAGAAACCUAUGGUAAUUGAAGAAAGUUCUGAUGAAGAAGAUGAAGAUGAAGAAUAAGAAUAAUAAGAAGUUAUCAAACCUUAAUUAGAAAAGAUUAAGAAUGAAUAAGAUAUAUAAUAAAAAGUAGAAGAAGAAUAAGCAUCAAUAAUAUUAUAAUAAUAAUAAAUACUCAAAUAAAGUGAAGAAUAAUAACAAGAAAAGAUUAUUGAAUUAAGUAGUUAAUUAAUAAAAUCAUUACCAGAUUAAUCAUAACCUUCUAUUUAUGUUAAAUAAGGAAGUAUGAAUAAUAAUUCUGAAAAUUCUGAAUCAUUUUCAGUCCAAAACACAUAAAGUUUUUAAGUUGAACAAAGCAAAGUUGAAAAUAGUUAAAUAAUUAGUGUUGUAGAAUCUGAAUCAUUUUAGGUUGAGAAAACAUUAAAUGAAGAAGAUUAAGAAGAUUAAAAUUUUGAACAUUUAUCCCAUUUUGAUCCAGAAGAUUAAUGGUUGAAAAAUGAUAAUAAAUCUAUUAUUGAAUCUAUUGCAUCAAAGAAAAGUGAAUCAUCAGACUUUUCUGCCUUUUCAUAUGCUUAAAUUUAUAGUAAUCCUAAUGUUUAAUUUGUUAAAACUAAAACAGAUAUUUUUAUAUAAGAUACAAUAAUGUAAUAAAUUAUUAAGUAUAUUUCAAUGUUUUCUGAUGAAUUCAAAUAUCAAUUGUAUAAUUAGAGAAGUAAAUCUGCAUAACUUAGUAAUAAAUAAAUCAAUUAACAUGAAUUUGAUUAUAUGGUUGAUUUUAUCUUAGAUUUAGAUUUAGUAGAUAUAUCUUUUAUUUAUUUGGUUUUGGAUAUUUUAGAAUAAUUUAAAAAUUAUAAAUUAUGUAUUUUUGUUUGCAAUAGAUACAAAUUAGCUGAUCAAUUAGGAAGAUAUUUAGUAUCAAUCGCAUCAACAUAUUCACCAAUUGCAUCUCAUACAGCAAGUCUUAAUGUUUCCUAUUUAAUUAAUGGAAAGUAAAGAUAAGCCUAAAUAGAUAAAGGUUUAGUUGCAGCUUUUGCAGUACAUAAUGUCUUUGAAAACAUAAAUCCAGAGUUUAUAUCUUUAAAAUUCAAUGAUACUUAAUUGACAUCUUAAAACUCAUUAGGUUUAGAAUGCUAUUCACAAUUACUUUUAUUAGGUUUCUGGAAGAAAACUGUUUAUUAAAUGGAUGUUAAAAAUUCAUUACUAGUUUGUAAAUUGUUUAUGGAUUUCAAAAAUUCAAGGUUUAUCUAUUACAGUAAUUUAUGCCAUUAGAUAACUAAUAAGAUAGUAGAAAAUGAACAAAAAGAUAGAGAUUUAGCGUAGGUCUAUUAAACAACAUUAUUAUUAAUCUAAAAGAAAUUAGAUAUUUGUUUCUCCACUAUGAUUAGAGGUGUUGAUAUGUUAAUAUUUGCUUAUCCAAAAGAUUAAUAAGAAAUGGAAUUUGCAAUCAUCACUUUGGAACAAUAUUAUAGUGAAUUAAUUUCUUAACUUGUUUUAAAUCAAAAAGCUCCUCAAACUUUAUUUUUUAGAGCUAAUACAUUAGACAUUCAAAAAACUGUUAAAGUUGAAUUAAGUCCUAAAUAAAAUCUUCCUAAAAUUUAUUCAUUAAGUGAAGAAGUUAUCAAUUGCUUGAUAAAUAAAACAGAAGUUCCAGAUGAAAUUUUGAAUAAAUUAUGUGACAUUGUACUGAAUUACAAAAAUUAUGAUGAAUUAGAAAUAUAUCAAUCUGUAUUUCUACUCAUAUUUUAUUGUUAAUAUGUUGUACAUAAUUCUGGAUUAGUAAAAACUCAUUUUUGGAUCACCUAAUUAGAUGUGAAAGUCUAUGCUAAAUUAAUAAAAUCUGUUAGAUUUAUUAAGUCUUUGUUGAACACCAAUUAGGAUUGUCUCUAAAAGUUAAAGAAAAUAGUUUCUAGAAGUGUGUUAUUUUAUUUCAAAAUCAGAGAACCAGAUAAUGUUGCUUUACUUAAACCAUACAUUAAUUCAUUAAUUAUUAAUAGAUCUUCUGUAAUCAUUUAAGGUUUAGUUGAGAACAGACAUAAUUUAUAAUUAAAAGGAAAUAAUAUAGUUUUAGAUGAUUAUUAUUUUGUAGAUAUAGAUUUUGAAUUUAUCAGUGCCCCAAGAUCUUCUGUGAUGUUUUUAAUUACUAAAAAGUUAAAUAGUGAGUUGAAUAAUAUCAGUUUUAUAAGGAAAGCUGCAUUUGAGGAAUAUCAUUUUGAUUAAUUGUAUCCACAUGAAUAUGAAGAUCAUUUUGAGAAUUUGAGUAUCUAUUAAUAUAGUAGAACAAAAUACACUUAGUAACUAAAAUAAAAUUAAUAAUAAAGAGUAAAUAUUAGCUUAACUACUGUUAAUGAUUGGAUUUCAAAGGAAUAAGAAUAACUUUACUAAAAAUAAUAAGAAGAUUUUAAAAUGAAGCAUGGAUUUAAAGUUGAAUAAACAGAUGAACAACUUAAUGUUAAAUUUUUGUUUAAGAAUAAUAAAGGUUAAUUAGCCUAAUAAAUUUACUUUUUAAAAAACCCUUAUCUUAAAUGUCAAUUAGCAGAGUCAAGAUGUUUUAUAAUUUAACAUGCAUUAAAAAAGAUUAAUAAAUAGUUUAAUGAUUCAUAAACAUUCCAUUGUGCUAUGGUAAAAUUCAUUCACUUAAUGAAUUAUGCAGAUUGCAAUCACAUUACUUAUUAAUACCUUAGCCAUAAAAUUAAAUAAGGAUAAUGUAAUAAAUAUGAACCUUAUCUUUAAUAUCUAGAAUGCUUAAUCUGUAAGAAAUUUAAUGUAAUUUCUGACGCAACUGAUCUUUAUUUUGCUUAUCAAGAAGAAAGAUAUGAUUUAUUAACUCCAGACGAGCAAUAUUAUUAAUUAACAUAUUUAUUCAUAAAUAAUUUAGUAGGGUAUUUACUAAAUAAAAAAAAUAAAUGUCAAAUAAAAAUUCCAAAUAGAUACUUUAUUUAUUUCGAUAAAAUUACUUAAUCUUAAGACUAGGUAUAUUUAUAUGAGACAAACUUCCAUCCUGUUUAAAAUUAAGAAGGUAUAGCUAACAUAAUAGAAUAAUUAGUAGAAAUUUAAAAAAAUUUAGCUGAAAUCUAUAGUUUUAAGAUAAUGUUGUUAAUUUACACAUUAGUUCUGAAUUUAGAUGAUAUAAAAGUUAAUGUAAUAAAUUAAAUUAAAUAAAUAAUAAAUGAUGUAAGUGCUUAAGAUGAACAGGAAUAAUAUGCAUAAAUAAUGAAAGUAAUAAAUCUACCUUAAAAGGAAAGAUUUGAUGCCUUAACUAUAAAUAAUAAUGCAAUUAAAUUAUUUUUCGCAUAAGAUGUUAGAUUGUAUACUUUAAAUGUUGUAAAUAAAUUAACAGAUUAAACAAUUGAAGCAGCAUAUUAGAGUUGUUUAGAUGAAUGGUAAAAUAUUUAAAAGAGAAGUGAAAAUCUUGAAAUUAAAACCAGAAAAAUAGUUGCUGCAUUUUAGGCAAAGAGAAAAGGAGAAAAAUUCUUUAAGCCUUUCUAAUAUGAUUUUAGUGAAUAUGAUUUACCAAGGAAAUUGAAGACAUCAAAAUAUGUUGAUAUAAUAAAUGAAUUUAUUAGAGUAAGAAAAAUAUUAUUGACUACAUUUUAUUCAAUGUUAUUGACAAACUCUAUUGAUUUCCACUUUAUAUCGUAAUAAUUAAAACAUUUAGAUCAAAAAGAAGUUGAGUUUAAUUAAUUAUGGAAUAAAUACUUCAGCAGAAAGAUGAUUUAAUCAGAUUUUAUUAAAUAAUAUGAAGAAUAGUAUAAAAAUACAUCAAUAAUAAUUGAAACAUUGUUAGAAUGGUAAAAAAAUAAUGUGACAUUUGAGUAAAAUGCUAAUAAAUUACUUGAGAGAAACAGAAAAUUAUUAGCAUUGAAAUGGAUGAAUAAUAAAGCAGGAUUGGCACUUUAAAAGAUUUAAAAGAGAAAGAAGGGUUUAAAGAGAUAGAAAUUAUAAGAAUAGAAAAAGCUAUUCAUGAAAUUAUUUUGAUAGAAUAAUAAUAAUAUUUAUAUUUUUAGAAUAUCAACAUAGAAAUAACA